AUGGUUGCGACGUUGUUCGCCCCCGAGUCGCACGGUAUUCCCUUAGCGGACGGCGAGGCGAUGUACCGCCCAGACCCCUUGGGGUCAGACCCUGGGUCAAGCCAAGGCAACAUCAACGUCGGAGCUUCCGGGCACGUGAACCGCCGGGUCGGCCGGCCGUCCGCCACUCGCUGCUCGCUGCUCGAGCUCGGGCUCGCCUUCAGCGGCCACGAACCCGCCUUCUAA